AUGUCGGUGGUGAUCUGCGAGCAGGAGAUCCAAGAAAUUCCCAAGCCAAGAUCCUACCAGAGAGGAGUCAUGGACGGAGGUCACGUCCUGAUAGUUGACUGGUCCCUGCACACCAGCAUCACGUGGCGCUGCCUGGCAGCUCCCGGCAGUGCGUGGCGGGUGGCGGUUCCUGUGGUGUCGGCGCUCUCCCGGCCCCGCUGUGCUGACUGGGACCCCGGUUCUGCCUGGAGCCCGAGGGACUCUGUGUGGGUCACCACCGCCCCGAGUCUGCUCUGUGGGGCUGGGGCAGAAGUGCAAGGGCAGAAGGCUCGGCCCCCACAGAGGGAAGUGCCGGUCGUGAGGGGCACCCGCAGGUCUGCCAGCCCUAGUGUGCUCCAGGGAAGACCAGGACCCGGGUCAGGCUGUCUCGGCAGCAUCAGGCUGGCAGUCAUCCCAGGCGAUCUCUUCUUCCUGCUGCAGGUCAUCCCAGGCGAUCUCUUCGCCGUGGUGCACCCUGUAACUUGUCCCUUUGUCCACACCAAGAGGGGCUGCAGACAUGAGCGCCAGAGAGGGAGGAAUCUCAGCAAUGCUCUAGAAACCCUCAGGGCGUGUGAAGAGCGGCAGCAACGGCUGUUCCUCGGUCCCCGUAGGCAGCUACAGAUUUUGUUGGUUGAGACGAGCUUCAUUCGGUUCCCAAAUUCUGAAUGCUCUGUGACUGAACAGGACUUGGAGUUGUCCUACAAACAUCUGCAGCGCUGUGUCGUGAGGGUGGAGGAACAGACGCUGGAUGUCCGCCAGAUCCGUGUUUUGUCUCAGCUCUGCCAUGGAUGAGCCCUGCGACCUUUGGAAGAUCUUUUGUGCCUCUAAACCUGUUUUCUCAUCCUCAAAAGGAGGCACCAACCCUGCCUGCCCCGCAGGUAGUGGACAGGCAGACCACCACGAGAGGAGCUUUGUGCACCGGGAAGCCAGGAGGGUAGGGCGUGGCCCUCUCCGUCCUGGGCUCUUGGUAAUUCUGGUCUUUCACAUAGGACAUGCUCAAUAGGCACUUUCCACAUCACGUUUUGGUUGAUCCAAUUUUAGAAAUGUUCCUUUAAUAGCCACAGGUCAGGAAAGGAAGUAGCUGAGCCUAGACUAAAAUUCAUGUGUUGGCCGCCCUCUUCCCCACCCACAAAGGAAUGUCUUGGUUCACAGAAUUUGACUGAGCAGCCUGGUUUAAAUAAACACCAGAGCAGCUAGAAAUCUUCCUGGGGACUGAGAAGUUCCCUGUGUUUUGCUGUAGCUGGCUGUUCACCAAAGCAUCCAAAGAAGAGACCACAGGUAAACAUGAAGGUGCCAGGAACUCUCUGGUGCACGGAUCCCCAAAACCAACUCCAUAAACACGGUACUCUCAGUAUCCACGAGGAGGGUCAAACUGCCAAGGUCUCUUCAAGUGGAUCAUCUGAGCCUCCUUCCGAACCAAGCUCCACUUUAUGGUAUUCUUCCAAAAGUAAGAGUGGUCACUUAAAUACCUUAUAAAACUUUGUAACUUAUAUAACCUGCUAAAAAUAGCAGCAAUUGUAAUACUUGAAUCUGGGACAUUCAGGGUCUUAGAGGAACCUGCAAGAUUUGAGGGGAGAAUAUUAAGUGUGAUGGUAGACGGGACUGUGUCCUGGUUGUUUUCUGCCAGCUGUCAUAUAUCUAUGUAUGUCUACUUCUGUAUGUGAGAGAGAAAUCUCAGAUCCAUGAAGUUGGCCCAACUUAUUCAAGGUUUCUCUUUCCAGUGUGUUAGUUACUGGGAGUCAACCAUGGCCCAAAACUAUUAUGUGGAAAAUUACAGGAAUAAAAAACAUUGUGAGU